ACGAAAGAGGACGCUUUUGGUUGGCGAAGUAACUGCUGUUGUACAGUGGGGGUUCUUGUGAGCCUGGUCCGAAAUAAAGCUGCCCGGACAUUAGUGAGUGAGCAGUGGACACGUGUUGUGUGUGUGUGUGUGUGUUUGGUGAGACAAUGGACGUGUUGUGAUUGUCAGGGACAUCCGAAGCGACAGGCCAAACUAACGUAAGUACAGUGAUCUAGUGAGCGUUAAACAGUGUGGCUAUGGUUGAAGAGGUCGAAGUGGUUUUCGUCAGGACGACAGAAAAAUGUGAUCUGGUCUAAUUGGAGGGUAUGGAAGCUUGCAGCACGUACAUCUUUUGCGACGUAGGUUUCACGGUCUUUCUCACGGUGGAGGAGUAACAGCUACUUGCGGUCUUCAAUUCCAGUCCUGUUCUACACUACUUCGGUCUGUUGGGCACCACCUGAGGGCAAUCAUAUGUAAUGCUGUCUUCAGCAAGUGCUGGGAAACUAGUGGAAACUGUGAAGAGGGUUUGGCUUCCAACAGCAAGGAUGAAUAGACAGUCAUUGUCCUGAUAUCAGUUACCACUGAUUUUUGGUGUAGUGAGCUGCAUUUAUUAUUCUUUGUGGGGAAGGUUAUAGAUAUUUUUGUAACAUAUAUGACGGGGCACCUUCGUGCAAGAACUAGCUAUGGCACAUAGCGGUGUGCAGCAAGACCAUCACUGUAAAGACUGUGGACUGUACUUUGAUAGUAUCAAGUCUCUGGAUGUUCACCUACACUACCACAAAGAAAACCUGCUCAUAAAGUGGGCGACCCAGCCAGAUGAGACUAAUAAUAACAACGCGUCUUCCAAUAAACAAAGGGGUGGAGUAACAACAGCUCCUGCAGAUUCUAGCAAUGGCAUGAUCAAGUCGGAGCCAGGUCACCCAUCAGGUGGUGGCAGUCCGCAAUCCAACUCUUUCAACCAUCCCCCAACACCCAGCAGCUAUAGUAGUGCUCCAUCUCCUUUCCAAGAUUCUUCAGUGCAGAGAUUCUCUCCAAUGGCUUCAUCGGGUUAUAAAGUUGGUGAAAGCACUCUGCCUCAGCAACAAAACGGGGCAUUGCGUUCAUUCCAACAAUAUGGCAACUUCCUGCCUCCCAAUCCAGAGGGCAGUGGAUAUUUCAUGGAAGGCAAUGGUAAUUCAGGGUACAUUUUAGGCUCAGGUAUAGAUUUUCCAGCUUCUUCCAAUAUGGACAAUCUCCAAUCAUCGCCACCAAAUUCAAUGUCUUCACCGUCUCCAUCAUCAUCCAUUGGCCCUGUUACAUCAACCAGCAUUCGUUAUCAUCCAUACCAACGACCGGCAUCAGGGAGCCAACUUUAUAUACCUGAUCGUAACAAUAGUGUAACUUCAUCUGGACCGUCACCAUCAUACCAACCACCCCCAACACCCCACCAAUGUGACAAGUGUGGUUAUGUGUGCAACAGCAGUUCGGCUCUGUCAGAUCACAUCAACACUGCGCAUCCUCCUGCACCAUCACCAUCAUUCAUGAACAACCAGCUGCAAUUCCAACAAGAGAUCAUGUUCCGGAAUUAUGGCAACAAUGGAAGUCCGGAUGUUGUAGGGGGCCAUCAGGCUGUUGGAGAAACCAAAGAUGAAACAGCAGCAGAAAUUUUGGACCUAGAUUCGCACAAGGUACAUCAUGUGUAUCAACCUGAAGAAGAGGCCACAGCAAUAAGAACUGCAGCAGGCAGUGAAGGCUCCAACAGGGGUGGCAACCCUCACUCAGUGUCUGCCAUGCUUUGGGGCAGUGCACCACAAAACAGUGCCAACUCCCAUGUCAUGUCUUCCACUACACCAUCAGACUUCCGUGGUGUGACUUCUCCAGAGGGGGUGACAUCUCAACAGCAGUCCAUGACAUAUCAGAAGGUGGGUCUAUACCCUCAGCACCUGGUUACUGUUCCUGGGCAAGUAAUGCAUCAACACUUGCAUCAUACGAUGACAUCAGUUCCUAACAUCUCAUCUAGUCUUCCCCCUCCAGUUCCAAUGUCCUCUGCAUCUCCUCACCAAAACAAGAAUGGACCACCCAUACAACAGACUUCACAGCAACCUGGUAAUCAGACUUGGAAGUCAAACGAGGCACGGAGACCUAAGACAUACAACUGUUCUGCUUGUAAUAAAUGGUUCACUAGCUCAGGUCAUCUCAAAAGGCAUUACAACACAACAUUACAUAAGAAUGCUGUUAAACAGAGUGGAGCACCUGACCCAGCCACACAGCCCAUCAGCAACCAUCACCAUCCUGGACGUGCAGCCACAGAUGUUGCAACCAGUUCCAGGGGAACGCCAUCAGGAGAAUCACAUGUGGCACAGCAGAGCCCUGUGCCAGCUGGUUUAGGGCCCCAAAUUGUAGCUGUGGUUGAAGACUCUUCCAGGAGUGAAGAUGCUAGCAGCAAUGGCACAUUUGGAAGAAUUACACCAUCAGUGCAACAUGGGAAUCUACUGCCAACUGGAAAUCAACAGCAUGCAGUGAGUCCCCCAAACCUGAUGGCAGGUCCCUCAAUAACAAUGGAGGCACAAACGGGGGGCCUGCGGUUCUUAACCUCCAAUUACAGCAGCGAGAACAACCUUCUUCACAACCUUUCCAGUUCCGUCCAUACAUCUCCAGCACCAGCCCCCCAAAUGCCACUGGAGGCACACUUACACCAAUUAGGAGCCCCACAAGUACUUUCUUCCCAGCACCCUUACAUGUUGGGCCAAGUGGUUUCACCACAACCCCCAUCAUCACAUCCUCACCUUAUCCACCACCCCAUACCACAACACCAGUCUCUUCUUCAUUCUCAGCCCCCUACACCUACACUCCAGAUGGCAAGUCUGACAGAGAUGUAUUCCCCAAACGGGCAGCCCCCCCACAUUUCUAUACUCCAAGAACAGCAACCAACGCUGCCAACUUCUAUCAACAACCACAUCACAACUACUACUGGUAAUUGUGGCAGCAGUGGUGGUACCGUGUCCCCGCUCAAUCUACAAGAUGAGCAACAAUUCCUGUUUCCCAUAACAUCUCCUCAGCAGGAUAAUCAGCCAUUGCCUAGCUUUGCUCAAAUUGGACUUCGUCCCUUUGGAGCAAACUCACUCUCUGGCUUAAGUGGAAUGACAGCAGCCACUUUUUCACUGAGUUACAGCACAGUAAACACGGGAUCAACCACAACUAUGAUCGAUAAUGUGGGGGGGCUCUUGAACAAUGACCACCAGCACUUGCUGGCAACAAUGAAGCAGAAUGAUGCCUACAACAAUAACUCAUACUGGGUAAACAACUUUGAAGAUCAGAAUAGUCUUCUGGAUGACACUAACAGCAACACACUUCAGGUAGAUUCCAACGGAAGUGUAGGUGAUGAAAACGUGUCAUCGAAUCUUUCACCAGCCAGAACACCAGACUGUCAUUCAUCUAACAUUAAUAAACCACUCCAGAUGAUGCAAUGUGCCACAGAUCUCAAACGUGAAGAUGACAUCACCAGUACGGGCACUGAAGAAAUUACUGCCAUGGUUGUUAAUAACAAUAACAUCAACACUACCACUAAUAAUAACAGCAUAAAUAACUCCAAGAAUGCUGGUUUCAAAUCAAUGUCAAUAUCGAGAGGAGAUCUUCACAAAUGCAUAGAUUGUGACAAAGUGUUUAACAAAGCAUGCUAUCUGACGCAGCACAACAAGAGCUUUCACUCAGGACACAAGCCAUACAAGUGUGAUCGGUGUGGCAAGAGAUUCACUGCAGAAUUCUUGUACCAGCAGCACUUGGGUAAACAUGCAGGUGAGAAGCCAUACAAGUGUGAAGCGUGCCCAAAACAGUUCAAUCACAAAACAGACCUACGACGUCACAUGUGCCUCCACACAGGGCACAAACCCUAUGAAUGUGAAACAUGUGGGAAGGGCUUCAUACGUAAAGAUCACAUGCUGAAGCACUGUGAAACUCACCGCAGGAAAGCUGGUCACCUCCAGCAUAACAGCAUUCAAGUGUCGGCUCAGUGAAUAAUGUUUUAUAUCUUGCGAUCGUUAAUUUGUGAACUGAAGAAACCAACAAUUUUAAUGACUAGGAAACGUAAUGUUAUUAAUAUUUUUAAACAUGUCAAAAGGAUUCCAGUUCAACCUAUUAUUUAAAUAUCUGUAUUGACUAUCAUUUUAUCCAAAAUUGAUUUGUUUUCAUAAAUGACUGAUGAAAGUUGUCUUUUGGCUGCACAAGAAGCCUGAUGUAUAAAUUGAGUUACAAAGAUCAGUUCAUAAUUUUAGCAGUACCCUUCAUUUCUUGUAUUAAAGUGACAUUGAAGCGAAUUCAAUCUUGCAGUGAUAAUGACUCUCCUGUUAAGUCUUACGGUAGGGACAUGAAAUUGUUUUCAACCUUGUUAUGCAGUGUUGGUUUAAAUUUAAGUUUGAGAAGGAUUGUUGAAUGCAAUAUUAAUAAUGAGUUUAUAUUGAGUCAUAUUUGAAUGUUUUGAGAGUUUUAUGAUGAUGGUGAUUAUCAUAUCAUUCCAUUGCACAGUAUUUUGGAUCACUUGUUUAUAAACCAGUAUGGAUGACAUCAGGCCUAAUUUAAAAUGCAGGCAUCCUAAGUUUCCAUAAUCUAAAGAAGUUGAUUUGGUUCAAGUUCCAGUUGAGUGUAAUUGUGUGAUUACAUCUUGUGUGAUAUUCGUAUGUUUAAUUUGCUUUGUAUAUUUAUAUGACAAAAUUUUACACAAUGACAUGUACAAAGGGUAUGUUGAGAUUACAUACCACUACAUAUCUGAAGAUGCUGCACAAUAUACAAUUUCCCUAAUGUUUUCUCGUGUAUUUUUAUGGCGAUUUAUUUUGAAGAUACUGGUAUGACAAUGUUAUCAGGCGUUAGUGUUGUGUUUCCUUCUCAACAUUCUAAACUGUGCCUCAAUAAAUGAACUCUAUUCCAUUAUCCUGAGGAAACAUCUUAAAUCUCAUAUCAUGGCAGCCAAACUAAUUAAUGCUUUUAUUAUUUUUACAAGACUGAUAAUGUAAGAUAUUCCAAUAAUGGUCAUAUCCAGGGUUUGAAGUGACAUGCAGUUUUCGUUACUGUUGCUAUUCUGAAUGUAGAAUAAUCCAUUAUGUUGGUGUUAUCUUGUUAAUGUAAUGUGACAUUACUGCUGAUUUGAGAUUCUUUACCUAAGGGUUUUUAAUAUAUAUUUGUUCUUUACGGGUGUGUAAGAUACGCUUGGAUGUAACAGAAGUAUUAUAGUCUUCAGUAGAGAAAUAUGUCACUCAGAAAUACUGGUCUACAAAAUUAUGAUUGUCUCUAAUGGAGGUUGACAGAAGAUGAAUUGUAUGCAGACAAUUUUUCAUCCAAUUGUGGCAUACAUUUCCUCUUCUUCCUGCAUAAUGGACAAUAGUAAUGUAAAGUUGAGGCCACUCAUGAACAGGCAUUUGUAGCUUGCCCAUGACUGGUCCAACAAUUAAAGCUUCAUAUUUUCAUGAUGACCAACAAUCCAUGCAUCAUUCCAUGACUGAUUCAACAACCCAAGCAUCUUUCCAUGACUGUGCCAACAAUCCAGUUAUCUUUUUGUAACUGGUCCAACGGUUCAAACAUAAUCUUAGCAUGACUUGUGACUGGUCUAACAAUCUAAGCUUCCUCUCUCCAUGACUGGGCCAACAUUACUGGCACCAUCUCAUGACUGGUCCCGCAUUUCAAGCAUAUUUUCUUUGUUGGUCCAAUAAUCCAAGCAUAUUUUAGUCAUCAUUCAAUCUUUGCUUGAUCUUUCCACAACUGACCCCACAGUCCAAGAAUAUUUUCAUGAUAAAAUCUAAAAAUUUGAUUAAGGUUAUUAUCCAUGACUGUUCUAAAAGUCCAUGUUCAUUUUCCAUGGCUGGUUAAAUAAUCCAAGCAUCCUUUCACAAUGUGCCAAGCAAAAAAGUAUUGUAUCAUAAUUUAUUAUACAAGAUAACUAUUUUAGUCUCUUUCCAAAAAUAACGGGUUUUGCCAUUGGUUGAUCUUAUGUUGGCAUUUGUUACAACUACCUCAGCAAUAAGUAUUAAUGUACAUAUAGUGUCAUAGAUUAAGAUCCAAUGUCCAUUUGUGUUUUUUUUAGAUUAUUAAAUAAAUUUUCAUAAAAUCAA